AUGAUUAUCUCUUCUGGUAUUGUACUAUCGUAUCCUGGUAUUGAUAAAUCACCCAAUAACAACAACAACAAGAAGGAGAAUAGUAGUUUAUUGGAAGAAGGACAUGAUAAGAGGUUUAUCUUCCUAGCCCCCCUUAUUGCUGGGGCUCUUCUUGCCAACAAGUUUAGCGCCUCUAAAAGCAGCGAACAACAGGGAUACAAUUCUAGGAGAGAUUAUUCUCUUGAACUUAAGAAUAUUGGUAGAUGGACCAAGGAUAUGAUGCAAUCAUAUAAUAGGGAUUCCGGAAGGCGUAAAUAUAACGACGACGUUCUGCAGAGGGCGGAUAAGAAUCAAUUACAGGGUGUGGGAUGGAAUGAAUUUAUAGGAGCUCAGGAGACUAAACGUAGAGUAACGGAAGAGUUUCCAGCAUUCCUUUACAAGCUUUCAAAGUUGUAA